UAGUGAGCACGUCCCUGUGGGAGGAGACUGUAGCUCCCUUUCACGCAGCUUGUGUGGAAGCUUUGAGUUCGCAGUUUUGUUGACUCAACUUUUAAAGCUAGAUUCUUCGGUAAGUUUAAGACCCUUAUAGGGAACUUGCAGACCAAAAAUCGACGGAGAAGCAACAAACCCGAAGACACCAGCUCAAAGGUCUGCUGCUAACAGGAAGUUGUUCACGUGAUUUAACAAAUAAAGUUCAGGAUGGACAGGAAGCAGUGUUGUGUGAAGCUGUCGGUUCAGCCAUCCAGAGGGCUCAUGGAUGAGAAAUUCAUUGUCCUCGUCCAGAAUGCCCUGCCUGGUUCCCAACUGACCAUCCGUGCCCUGCACCAGUGUGAAGAUGGACACAGCUGGGAAGCGUUUGGUCACUACACUGCUGAUACCACAGGGACCAUCAAUGUUUCAGAGGAUCCCAGUAUAGGUGGGACAUAUUCCGGAGUCGAACAGAUGGGUCUACUGUGGAGCUUCAGACCAAUUCCAGGCAGCAAAUCUGGACUGAGAAUGCGAAAGAAGAACAUCCAGACUCCCAUGGAGGUCACAAUUUCUGUUUACCAGGGUCACCAGACAGAGGGCUUCGCAGAUCUGGUGCCACUCUCUGGUGUGGCGGUGGAGCGCUGGUAUAUGGCACCUGGUGUGCGUAGGAUUCCAGUUACAGAAGGUGGACUCACCGCAGCCCUUUUUCUGCCCUCGGGUCCUGGACCUUUUCCUGGCCUGCUGGAUCUAUGGGGGGGUGGAGGGCAGUUGGUGGAGUACCGUGCAGCGCUCUUGGCCUCUCAUGGAUUCGCUAGUAUGGCCAUCGACUACCUGACCGCUAAAAUCACCAUGGAAACUGGAAAGAUGGUGGACAACCAGUAUUUUGAGACAGCCUACAGAGUCCUGCAGCAACAUCCUCAGGUCUGCGGCAGCAAGAUCGCCAUGAUAGGUCUUUCCUUUGGCACCAGUAUCACCCUCAAGAUGGCUGUUUACUCUGAAGUUAUAAAACUCAGUGCUGCAGUCUGUAUCAGUGGGAGUCAUGUGCAGCCAGUUGAUGGAUCUGUGGAAGAAUUAUUGAGAUUCUUUCAGAAAAAUGGUGAAAAGACUCGCUUCAGUGAAAAGAACGAGGUGAUCUGGCGAGAUCUGCUGUUGCCCAUCCCCACCGACCCUUCACUCAAAGUCAAUGUGG